AUGAGGCCUCAGAAUCCUCCCCCUGGCUGGCGUCCCCCCCCACCCGGCGCCGCUCCCCCGUACGGCGCGCCCCCCGGAACCGCUCCGCCGGCACGACCGGGUUUUCCCCCGGGCCAGCACCCCCCGCAGCAACCCGGAUUUCCGCGCGGACCCCCUGGUCCGGGCCAAGUUCCGCCUGGUGCGCCGGGAUCCGCGCAGCCGCCUGGCGCAAGGCCCGCCGGACCUCCGUUUCCCGGCGGACCGUUCGCCGGCCCUCCGCCAGGUUCGCGGCCCGCAGGUCCGCCUCCCCCGGGGGUUGCGCCGCCCGGCGCGCGAGGUCCGCCAGCUGGAUUUGCGGGUCCGCCUGCGGGUUUCCAAGGGCCUCCCGCGGGUGGUCCGCCAGGGGGAGCAGCUCGUCCGCCUGGCCCCUUCGCGGGGGCCCCCGCCGGGGGACCGCGCCCUGGCGGCCCUCCGCCAGGAGUUGGCGGGCCUCCGCCGGGUUCCGCUCCGCCAGGCGCCGCACCCCCUGGCGCGCCGCGCCCCGGCGGUCCCCCUUCCGGAUACCCCGGUGCGCCGCAGCAGUACCCUGGCUACCCCCCGCAGCAGCAGCCCCACCCUCCGCCGCCAGCGCAACCCCGCCCUCCGCCUGGCGGACCUGCGCCAUAUGGCCAGCCAUCGUACGGAGCCCCGCCGCAGUCCGCGCAGCCAGGCGCGCCCCUUAACGCGCCCGGAGGCCCUCCCCCGCCCUUCGGCGCGCCUCACCCUCCGCCUGGCGCUGCGCCGCCGUCUUGGGGGGGAGCCGCCGCGCAAUCCGCUCCGCCAACCCAGCAAAUGAGCGCGCUGACUAUGGGCAGCCCUCCGCCUCCCGCUCAUGGGCAAUACGGUGCACCGCCUGGGGCCGCCCCGGGGCCGUACGGGCAGCACGCGCCGCCUCCGCCGUUCUCCGCCGCUCCCCCGACUGGCCCUCCGCCUGGCGGAGCCAUGAUGCCCGGCGCGGGCCCUCCGCCGCCCUUCGGCGCUCCCCCGACUGCUGGCGCGGCGCAGCGACGCGCUUGCCCCAAAUUCUCAUCCUUUGUCCCCGCUCCCCCCCUCCCCAGCCCCCGGACGUGGGCGCGCCCCCCCAGUCCCCCGGAAUACACUCCCCUCCCCUGCCAUGGGCGCGCGGCAGCCCAUGGCGCCCUUCUCGGGGCAGGCGGCGGGGCAGCAGUGGUCCGCGCCCUAUCCUCCCCCACUCAUUCUGUUCCUCCUCCCUCUUCCCCCCUCCCUCUCCCCCUGUCCCCCUCCCUCCCCCGUCAACCCUCCUCUCUUCCCACGUUCCCCACUCCCCAGCCCCCGGGCGUGGGCGCGCCCCCCCAGUCCCCAGGCAUGGGCGGACAUGCGCCCCCCUCUCCUGGCAUGGGCGCGCGGCAGCCCAUGGCGCCCUUCACGGGGCAGCCAGCGGGGCAGCAGGGGGGCGCGCCCGGGUCCAGGAUCGACCCCAACCAGAUCCCGCGCCCUCCGCCCCCUGCGGACGCGUUUCUGUUUGAGACGCGGGUCAACGGCACGGCGAACCUACCACCGGCUGCCACGUCAUCGUUUGUGGUCCGCGACACGGGUAACUGCAGCCCGCGGUUCAUCCGAGCAUCGCUGAACCAGAUACCCCUCUCUGCGGAUCUUCUCAAUACCUCCGCCAUGCCUCUCAGCAUCAUGAUUCAGCCCUUCGCGCUGCAGGACCCGGCCGAUACUCCAGUGCAUGUGGUGGACUUUGGAGAGAUGGGCCCAGUCAGGUGCCACCGCUGCAAGGCGUAUAUCAACCCGUUCAUGCGAUUCGUGGACCAUGGGAGGAAGUUCAUCUGCAAUCUCUGUGGUGUCUCCAACGAGACUCCUCGCGAGUACGUGUGCAAUCUGGGUCCGGACGGCCGGCGGAGGGAUGCAGACGAGCGGCCAGAGCUGAUGCACGGGAGUGUGGAGUUUGUGGCUCCAAAGGAAUACUCGAUCCGCGAUGCCAUGCCACCCGUCUACUUCUUUCUUCUGGAUGUCUCUUUCAACGCCGUCGCCUCGGGAGCUGCUUCUGCUGCCUGUUCCUCCAUCUCCCGCAUACUGCAAGACCUGCCUGAGGGCGGUCGCACGCUCGUGGCAUUCGCCACAUUCAGCUCAACCAUCCAAUUCUACAGCCUUAACAGCUCCCUGGCGCAGCCGUCCAUGCUGGUGGUGCCUGAGGUGGAGGACGUGUACACGCCCCUGCCGUCUGACCUCAUAGUUCCACUUGACGAGGCGCGCGAGCGGCUGCAGCAGCUGCUGGAGUCGAUCCCACAGAUGUUUGCCGAGACUCGUGUGGCUGACUCGUGCCUGGGGGCAGCGCUGCAGGGUGCAUUCCUAGCCAUGAAGAAAACAGGAGGCCGCAUUCUUGCAUUCCAGUCAGUUCUCCCCUCUGUGGGCAUUGGAUCUCUUUCUUCCCGGGAAGCCGAAGGCAGGGCCAACGCCACCGUUGCGGAUAAAGACGUGCUGAAGCUGCUGCAGCCCAACGACAAGCAGCUGAGGCCGAUGGCAGAAGAAAUGGCGGAUUUCCAAGUGUCGGUGGACGUGUUCCUGACCGCGCAAGGAUUCGCCGACGCUGCUUCCAUCGCCGUCGUUCCCAGGAUCACUGGUGGACAGCUCUACAGCUACUACCCCUUCAGUGCGGCGCAUGAUGGGGGUAAACUGCAUAACGACCUGCGCUGGGCCGUGAGACGGCCACACACGUUUGAGGGGGUCAUGAAAGUGCGGUGCAGCCAGGGCCUGUCCGUGUCAGACUACUAUGGCAACUUCCACCGCCGCAUCCCUGCAGAGAUUUACCUCCCAGCUAUGGACAGCGACAAGGCCAUUAUGGCGACCGUCAAGCACGAGGAGAAGCUCGCAGAGAACAGCGAAGCAUGCUUUCAGUGUGCCAUUCUCUACACCACGACCACGGGGGAGAGGCGUGUGCGAGUGCACACCCUCUCGCUGCCCACAACAGCUUCUCUCGCCUCUGUGUUCCGAGGGGCAGAUCUGGACGCUCAAUUCGCAUACAUGCUCAAGACAGCUGCUGCGGACGUGGUGACUCACGCAGUGCAGCCAGUGAGGGACGCAGCAGUGCAGACAGCAGUGAACAUCCUAUACACCUACCGCAAGUUCUGUGCCACUGCCUCCUCUUCUGGACAGCUCAUCUUACCAGAGGCGCUCAAGCUGCUGCCUCUCUACACCUUAGCCCUCCUCAAGUCGCAGGGCCUGAGGGGAGACGUGAAGGUGGACGAGCGGUCGGCCUGGCUGGCAAGAGUGCGCCCUCUCUCUGCCUCGCUCUGUGUGCCUCUCGUCUACCCGCGCCUAUUUGCUCUGCACCACCUCUUGAAGGAUGCAGCGAAUCAGGAGCAGCAGAAGCAGCAGAACGGCACUGAGGAUGGGCAGCAGGAGCAGCAGCAUGAGCACCUGCCCUCUGCUCUCCCCCUCUCCAGCGAAAAGCUCGAGCCAGAUGGUGUUUUCCUGGUGGAGAACGGGGAGGAGGCGGUGGUGUGGGUGGGCAGGGAGGCGGACAGCCAUCUGCUGUUUGACCUCUUUGGCCUGCGAUCCGUCGAUGAGAUCGCCCCCGGCCCCUUCCUGCUGCAAGAAUUUGACAACCCUGCAUCACGCAAGCUCAAUGCCAUUGUGAACGAGAUUCGGCGCCAGCGGUGCUCGUACCUCAGGAUGUCCGCUACAAGGGUGGCGCUGGACGUGCUCGGGCCCCGUUAUAAUACAACUUUUAAAGUCAUGCCGGUGGUGGAGGUGGUGCCAUGCAAUAGCGAGGAUGCAGCAGUGGCAGCAGAGCGUCUAGACCUGAUGAACGUGGUGGGGGUGGUGGGACCUGCAUGCUCCGAGGCAGUGAGGGGAGCUAAUUCUGUGCUACAUCCCAAGGGCAUUCCUUAUGUGUCGUUUGCUGCCACUGCUGAUGUGUUCAACACACCGGAUUACAACACGUUCUUCAGAACAGUCUUCGCUGACAAGCACCAGGCUAGGGAAAUCGCGGCUUUGAUCAGAUUCUUCCAAUUCAACGAAGUCCAUCUGUUCUACUCCAACGAGAUCUACGGCUCAGAUCUCGCCUCCAAGAUCCGUGCUGAGCUGGACGGCUCGCUCAUCCCCAUCAGCACCAUCCCCGUCAGCUACCCCGUGGACGAGUUUGCGCCGCUCUUUGCUGACGUGGCGGUCGGGGAGAGGUCCAUUUGUGUGCUCGCCGCCCUGCCAGCUGUAGCGGAGGGGUUCUGGCGGGCGGCUGUGAGGGAGAACUUCACCAGCUACCCCUGGUGGUACCUGGGGACCGACGGCGUGGCAGCUCUUGACUUCGUUGACCAGUCUGGGGAGAGGCUUGGAGGUAUGGCCCGGUCUUUGCAAGGGGAGAUGGCGAUUGGUCCUAACAUGCCCAUUGAGAGUCCCAACCUGCGUCCAUUCACGAGCCACUGGAAGCAGCAAGCAGCAGACGACUACGUUGGGCUCAUCAAUGCGCCGACCACACCAAAGUAUAACGAGACGCGCUUAUACGUGGCGCAUCUGAUCGACUCCGUCUGGGCAUUCUUCGAGGCGUUUCGGAACAUCAUAGCCGUCCAAAACCGGGUGGUAACCGCACAAGCUGUGCUUGACUGCUUCCGAAACCAGCCGGCCGGUUGCGGGCGUUUUGAGGGAGCAUCGGGAACAGUGGCGUUCAAUACAGUCACGGGGGAGAGGUUGAAGCUAGAUGGAGUGCCAGCUUACAGUCUCUACAACCUGAUUGGCAAGACAUGGAAGGAAAAACCCAAGUGGGUAUUGAACGGCUCAGAUGGCGUCAAGCUGAUGGAUCCGACGGACUACGUCACUCAGCCAGGACCUCUGCCAGCUGGCUCGCUGCUGCCCUUGCAACACCAGAUUGUGGCUCCGUAG